AAUGAAUUUUCUUUUUAGAUUUUAGAAUUCAGGUUGGUGAGUAUCAACUUUAUCUAGACUCUGAGUCUCUGAAUAUUGCACUCCCAUGACCGGCAAAUGAAGGAACUCGCCAUUUUUCACAAAUCUGCUUACAAGAUUAGCAGUUUGCUCUUUCCCGUCGAUUCCCAGAUCGACCCGAUCCCAACAACAUGACCCACCAGGAAUGGAAACUCCCAAGAAGAAAUAAUUAUGGAUAUGUUAAUUAGACUGCCUGUGAAGUCUCUUUUUAGAUUCAAGUGUGUUUCAAACUCUUGGAGGGCUUUAAUCUGUGAACCUAGCUUUAAGAAACAGCAUCAUCUCAAUCAUGCCAAAAAUGACAAAUUGCUUCUUCUACGGAUUGUCAAGGAUAGUAAUACUGUCUUCUAUGGUUCAUCUUUAUUGACGACAACACCACCACAACAUCUAAACAUUAGGGAUGUACAAGAAUCGCUGUGUGUUCCGCAAUGUGUGCCAUGGUAUUACCAUAUAUAUGGUAGCUGCAAUGGCUUGUUUUUAAUUGGGGCUGAGCAGAAAUGUUUUCUGUGGAAUCCUUCUACAAGAGAAUCAAUAUUACUACCAUCACAUUGGGACAAGUUUUUUCAUGGUUACAUCCAUGGAUUGGCAUAUGACCCAACUAGUGAUGACUAUAAGUUCGUUAACAUCCCUGAAGAUAAAAGGGCACCCACUGAAAUUCUCUCCUUAAAAACUGGUUCCUGGAGAAAAAUUUAUGGAGGUUACUGUUCUCUCCCAUCCGCUAAUAUGGAAUAUUUUACAUUACUACGAGGAGCAUUUCAUUGGCUUACUUGUUCCGUAGAUGGUAUGUUUUCUCUGAUUUCAUUUAAUAUUUCAAAUGAGGUGUUUGGAGGAUUACCAUUGUCGAAGGAAAUGCCCAUGGUGUGUGACAUUAUCGAGGAAGGCGUAAAAGUGUUAGGUGGAAAUGCUUAGUGUAAAUUUUCUUUAUGAAAAGGAGGAUACUAGUAUUUUUGAUUUGUGGGUAAUGAAAGAGUAUGGUAUGGAAGAAUCUUGGACUAAAUUAUUUACGAUGACAGAUAGCAGGGAUGCUUAUGAGAUGUUACCAGUUGUUCCGAAAUAUAUAUUUGCUGAUGGUGAAGUGUUGUUCAGGUCCGAUACAAGAAUUGUGCUUGGCACACUCAAAGAAUCAGACAAAAGAAGCAAUCUAGUGUGGCCUCUGACUACUGAUGAAGAUACAGAUACCACUUGGGAUGGAUUUGUUUACACAGAGACUUUGAUCUCUCCAAAAGAUUGUGUUAUUGCUUUGCACUAGUAUUUAUUUUAUAUUAUUCAUUAACUUUUUAUUAUUGGUAUGACUUAGAAACAAAAUGUGUUUAAAUCUGUCCAUACAGUCAUUUUGUACAGCAUUCAUUAUAUUUUGCGCAUA